GGCUUCUGUCUCAGCGGCUUCCAGUGAGUAGUAUAUGUUCGUGGUAGCGCAUCUGAAAUCAUGUGUGGAAUCUUUGCCUAUCUUAACUACCAUGUGCCAAGGACUCGCCGUGAGAUCCUUGAGAUCCUCCUCAAAGGACUGCAGCGCCUGGAGUACAGGGGCUAUGACUCAGCUGGUGUGGGCAUUGAUGGGGGAAAUGGCAAGGAGUGGGAGUCAAAUGCCAAGUCUAUCCAGCUGAUCAAGCAACGUGGAAAAGUGAAGGCUCUUGAUGAGGAGAUCCACAAGCAGCAGGAUAUUGACUUGGAUGUGGAGUUUGAUGUUCAUCUUGGCAUUGCUCACACACGCUGGGCCACCCACGGUGUUCCAAGUCCAAUCAACAGCCAUCCACACAGAUCUGAUAAGACCAACGAAUUCAUUGUCAUCCACAAUGGCAUUAUCACCAACUACAAGGACCUGAAGAAAUUUCUGGAGAGCAAGGGCUAUGAGUUUGAGUCGGAAACCGAUACAGAGUCCAUCGCUAAGCUGGCCAAGUACAUGUAUGACAACCGGGAGAGUGACGACCUCAGUUUUGCCACAUUGGUGGAACGGGUGAUCCAGCAGUUGGAAGGAGCAUUUGCCUUGGUCUUCAAGAGCGUCCACUUCCCCGGAGAGGCAGUUGGCACAAGGAGGGGAGGUCCUCUGCUGAUUGGAGUGAGGAGUAAUCACAAGCUGUCCACAGAUCAUAUCCCUGUGCUCUACCGCUCCUCUGCUAAAGACAAGAAGAGCUGUGGCGCAAUUCCCAGAUCAGAUCAGGACACAUGUCUGUUCCCUGUGGAUGAGAAAGCUGUGGAGUACUACUUUGCCUCAGACGCAAGUGCAGUGAUCGAGCACACAAAUCGGGUCAUCUUCCUGGAGGACGACGAUGUGGCAGCUGUGGUGGAAGGCCGGCUCUCCAUUCAUAGGAUAAAGCGCACAGCUGGAGACUACCCAGCCCGCGCCAUCCAGACCUUGCAGAUGGAACUGCAGCAGAUCAUGAAAGGCAACUUCAGCGCCUUUAUGCAGAAGGAGAUAUUUGAGCAGCCAGAGUCUGUGGUCAAUACUAUGAGGGGGAGAAUCAACUUUGACAACAACACAGUGACACUGGGUGGACUGAAGGACCACAUCAAAGAGAUCCAGCGGUGUCGGCGACUUAUUCUUAUUGCCUGCGGCACCAGCUACCACGCAGGAGUAGCAACCCGCCAGGUCCUGGAGGAGUUAACCGAGCUGCCUGUCAUGGUGGAGCUGGCCAGUGACUUCUUGGACAGGAACACUCCCGUCUUCCGAGACGAUGUCUGCUUUUUUAUCAGCCAGUCAGGAGAGACUGCUGACAGCCUCAUGGCCCUGCGCUACUGUAAGGAGAGAGGGGCUCUGACUGUAGGCGUCACCAACACAGUGGGCAGCUCUAUCUCCAGGGAGACGGACUGUGGAGUCCACAUCAAUGCCGGGCCUGAGAUUGGAGUAGCCAGCACCAAGGCCUACACCAGCCAGUAUGUGGCUCUGGUCAUGUUUGCACUCUUGAUGUGCGAUGACAGGAUUUCAAUGCAGCCCCGACGCCGAGAGAUAAUCCAAGGCUUGAGAGUGCUUCCAGAUCUGAUAAAGGAAGUCCUCAGUUUGGAUGAUGAGAUCCAGAAGCUGGCAGUAGAGUUGUACCAGCAGAAGAGUGUCCUGAUCAUGGGCAGAGGCUACCAUUAUGCUACCUGCCUGGAAGGAGCGCUGAAAAUCAAGGAGAUCACUUACAUGCAUUCAGAGGGCAUCCUGGCUGGAGAACUGAAACACGGUCCACUGGCCCUGAUCGAUAAACUCAUGCCGGUCAUCAUGAUCAUUAUGAGGGACCACACCUAUGUCAAAUGUCAGAACGCCCUGCAGCAGGUCGUCGCCCGCCAGGGUCGUCCCAUUGUGAUCUGUGACAAAGACGAUUACGAGACCAUCAAGAACUCGUGCCGCACCAUCAAAGUGCCUCACUGUGUGGACUGUCUGCAAGGAGUCUUGAGCGUCAUACCAUUGCAGCUGCUGUCCUUUCACCUGGCUGUUCUCCGAGGUUAUGACGUGGACUGUCCAAGAAACCUGGCCAAGUCUGUGACAGUGGAGUGAAGUACACCAUUCAUCACCAACAACAGAAGCCUGGCAGUCACAUGGUCAAACAUACAGGGAGAGGGAGUGUGUGUGUAUGCCAAAGCCAAGAGAAGACAAUGUCCCAUCUGUGUCUUGUGUCACUGCCUUAUUUUCUUUCUUCUUUUUUUUUUUCUUUUCUUUUUUUAAAUGCAGUCUUUACAUAAUUGUUUUGCAUCUUCAUUGUGCAUAGUAGAUAUACGUCACUGUUUUGGGGCUUUGAAACCUUUCGCAACACAAUCAUGUAAUUUUUACAUCCCUUGCGGCAGGGUCUGGGCUGGCGCUGGUGUGGUGUUCAUCACUGUUUUUGGG